CCGGAUGUGCUGCUGUAAAAAUAAACCUUGUCGUGCGAUCUCGCUGUUACCAUAGAGACGGCCAGAACCCAUCGCGCUCGAGCCGGGGCCUGAGCGCGAGCAGCUGAGCUGUACCGCGCCGUGGGAUGAGGUCGGUCAGUUACGUGGAGAGAGUGGCGCUGGACUUCAGCGGAAACCUGUUCACACAGGCUAUCUGCUUGGGAGACACCGACAACGACGGGUUGAAUGAGCUUGUGGUUGGGGAUACCAAUGGGAAACUCUAUGUCUAUAAGAGUGAUGACUGCAAGCCAUGGCUUACCCGAUCUUGUAUAGGAAUGGUAACUUGUGUUGGUGUAGGAGACAUCUGCAACAAAGGGAAGAAUUUUGUUGUAGCUGUUGGUGCUGAGGGCUGGUUCCAUAUCUUUGAUCUCAGUGGGAUAUCAACCAAAUCAGAGACUUCCAGUCACCAUGACUUCCUCUUUGGCGAUGAACAGAAAGCAUUUUUCACACAGCACAUCCCUGCUAACACCAAAGUGAUGCUCAUCAGUGAUAUAGAUGGAGAUGGAAAAUGUGAAAUGGUAGUAGGUUACACGGACCGUGUUGUGAGAGCAUUCCGUUGGGAAGAUUCCUCUGAUGGUUCUGGGCAGCUGGUGCUACUAAAAAAGUGGCUUCUGGAAGGACAGGUAGAUAGUCUUACUGUGAAUCCAGGGUCUGAUGGGACCCCAGAACUAAUGGUCUCUCAGCCAGGCUGUGGAUAUGCAGUUCUGCUGUGUACCUGGCGAUUGGAUCAAGAGAGGAUACCAGAAAGAGAUCCAUCUGGUGUCUCUAGCAGUGAGGGUCUCAUUCGGGAUGUUGUCCUUCACCAGACUUCGGGCAGAAUUCACAAUAAAAAUGUUUCCACUCAUUUAAUUGGUAGCAUCAACAGAGGGUCCAGUGAUGAUUCAUCCAAGUCUGGCUUGUUUGCUCUUUGCACAUUGGAUGGUACCCUGAAACUGAUGGAUGGGUCAGACAAACUUCUGUGGUCUGUUCAAGUGGAUCACCAGCUAUUUGCUUUGGAAAAGUUGGAUGUAACAGGUGAUGGACGAGAGGAAGUAGUGGCCUGUGCUUGGGAUGGUCAAACCUAUAUCAUUGACCAAAAUAGGUCUGUUGUCCGGUUUCAGUUUGAUGAGAACGUCAGUGCAUUUUGUGCUGCUAUGCCAGUUAGACACAUGGAGCAAAAACAGUGCAUUCAGUCAUUCAAGCUGCUUCAACAUUCUAGAUCAUGGCUGAACAUCUUCCGCAACACCAUUUUUCCAUGCUAUCUCCAUUCCUUCAGAUUUUCACUGUCUGUUAACCUCCAAAGAAGGUUAGCUUCAAAACGCAUUUAUGCAUGCAAAAAUGAUCGAAAUAGUCCCUGUCUGGUGUACGUCAGCUUCAACCACAAAAUCUAUGUCUACUGGAGAGUAGGGUUAGAGAGAAUGGAAUCUACCAAUAUGUUAAAGGUGCUGGAGACAGAUGAGUUCCAUAACCUACUACAAGGAACAUCAGUGGAUGUAAAUAACAGCAGUGCCGUCCAAGCCAUGCUACACCAGACACUCUACUUUCCUGACCAAAUUUUGGGACAUGCCAACAAGGAGGAUAAGCUGCACAGACCAUGUUAGUUAGGACUGUCUGUUCAAUCUUAAACUAUUGAGGGGAAAAAUGGCAAUGAAUGCAAGUUUGUAUUAACUACAUUGGUAAACCAGCAGGACUAGCUUCUCAUUCCUCCAUGUCGCAAUCCUGAGACCUAUGGAUAAACAGUUAAGGACAAUUUUAACCAAAGGAGAAGCAUGUUAUGGUUAUGCAACAAGUAAAUAAAACUGAAUUCUA